GUGAGAAGUAUACAACGGUCAUCUCUCCCACAUUUGAGCCUGAAACCUAUUGGUAAGCUGAGUAGAUUAGGUUUAGGGUUAAUAUUGAGUAAUGUGUGUGUGUAUCUGCUAAGUAGAUUAGGUGUGUAUAUGGUAAGCUGAGUAUAUUAGGUUUAGGGUUAAUAUUGAGUAAUAUGUGUGUGUAUGGUAAGCUGAGUAGAUUAGGAUUAUGUGUGUAUAUGGUAAGCUUGCUAAUUGGUUUAUGUAAUUGUAGGUUUGGUCAUGACAAUUGUAAGCUGACCCGGAAGAUCACAAAGGUAUUCACAAACAAGUUUAAUGGGCCAUAUUACAAUUGGAGCUGUGUACCUACUGAAAGAAGACACAAAUACUUCCUCGAAUUCGCGGUAAAUUAACUUCUAUUGUUUGUAUCCAUUUGGUUUGGUUUGGUUGUUUGAUCGCUAACAUCAAACUCUCCUCUUGUUUUGUAGAAAACACACACAUGGCAUCCAUCACUGACCGGUGUAAUUGAAGAGAAAUUCUACAAAAUAUGUCAGCUGCGUAUGAAGGACAUGGUUUCUAAGGCUUGCUCAAAACGAGCCACUGAGAGACCGCCAUGGAUUGAGAAGACAUUGUGGAAGGAAAUGUGUGAGUAUUGGGACACAGAAGAAGCCCUUGCCAAGAGUUCAACCACAUCAGCAGCUCGAAUGUCUGACCGUAAUGGUCUUGGUCCUCACAAGCAUGUAUCGGGGCCAAAGUCUUUCUUACAAAUCGAGCAAGAGAUGGUAAGUUACAUCAAGCACUCUUGUUUAUUUACAUAAUGGUUUUCCUUAAGAAUUUGAAUUUUUUUGUGAACAACAUUUCAGGAAAUUGAGCUGGGAAGACCACCUACUAUUGGUGAGAUAUUCAUUAGGACUCAUACCAAAAAAGAUGGGAGUUUUGUUGAUAGGAAGGCGCAGGAAAUUCAUGAGGCAUAUUUGAAGAACAAGGAAGCUAAGUUGGCUGCCCUUGUGAAUGAUGAAGGGUCUGAUGGUACAUCCCGUCGAUCAGAACUAUCUCAAGAGGAGGAUGAUGAGAUCUUCCUUCUGGUAAUGUGGUUGAUCCUCUUUUUUUUUAUUAUUAUUAUCACUUACUUCAUCUUUUAAGAACUAAUCCUCUUGUCUUUUUUUUGCAGUCAACUGUCACAAACGAGAGAGGGGUAUACUUCGGAAUGGGAAGCUUAGGGAGGUACAUCAAUGGGAAGAGGAAGUACCCAGGAAGCAAUUCUGCUUUCACUUCCUUGCAGUCACAGCUUGAGGAAGCCAACCGCAAGAUAGAAGAACAAGCGACUCUCCAAGCACAUCGGGAGGCAGAGGCAUUGCGGGUGAAAGCUGAGCAAGCAGAGAUCAAGCGUGUUGCUAAUGAGCAACAAGCAGAGAUCAAACACUUGAGGAUGGUGAAGAAGUACUUGACCGAAACUGACCCCAAGUUUCUCGCCUUCCUCGAGUCUGCUUCAGAAGAUCAAACAGAAGAGUUCCAGACUGCUAAUGCUUCACAAGAUCAAGCCGAGGAGUGAACAUCUCAUCUCCCCUUCCUU